AUGCCGUUGUUUGGUGGUUCUCUUCUGACCAUGUACAGGCCCUGCGGAAUAGACAUCUCGACUGCAAUAUGGUAUGGUAUCGGCACUGCUACUUGGUGUGCAUCGCCAUCUAUCAAGCCGAUGAGCGAGACGCACAUCGGAGGCAUCGCGGCAGUAUUGAGUACUGUGGGUGUGGUUCAGUGCAGCCAAGUGUGA